GAGUUCAUUGGUGGCUGCGAUGACAUGAAGGCACUGCAGCAGGCUGGAAAACUGAUCCCCAUGUUGAAGACAGCGACGAAGCAAGAGACUAAAGUGCCACCUAGAGAAGAUGAUUCGUGCGUGGGCAUCGACUCGCAGCCUGCCCAGGGAAGCCUAUUCUGGUUCCCAAACACGGUGGACAACAGGGUCGUGCGGCUGGUUGCACUUCAGGUCUUUGUAAUUGCAAUUGUCAUACUGGUGUGUGGGAUCGCAUUGGAGGACGACAUCGAAAUUAAGUGGUUGUCACUGGCUCUUCUUGUCGACUUUGUUGUUCGCUUUGUUGCUGGCUCUGCACCUUCCCCUGUGGGGGCGAUGGCAAUGAACUAUGCGGCACUGGGAGAAGUGAUCAAAGGAGACAAACCGAACUUCUCACCAGGUCCACCAAAGCAGUUUGCUGCCUUUGUGGGUGUGAUCUUCACAACAGUGACUACAAUACUGUACUUUGAAGGAGAGAACGAAGCCGCAUCAGUUGUGAUGGGCAUCCUCAUCAUCGCAGCUGGUCUGGAGGCCUUCCUGGGAAUGUGCUUGGGCUGCAAGUUUUUCUCUUACAUGAUAAAGUUCCAUCUUGUGCCCAAGACCAUUUACAGGAUACACAUAAACAGCCGACCUGAGCUGGCUGCUUCGUGGGCACACUUCAACGAAAGGCUGAAUGAGGGUGUCCCAGAAAAGCACUCAAAGGUGUUCUCCACCCGUGGGCACCCAUCCACGAUUGACCUCAGCUACAAGGUCAAAACGGACGCGAUGACCAGGGAGGACUUCCACCCAUUCAAGCACGUCCAGAUAGCCCACUUCGCCAUGCACCUGGCAACCUGUGGCCUCGCCGUUGUGUUGAAAUUCGAAUCGGAUUUGCGGGACAGGACUCGGGAUACUGCAUGGAAAGUUGUAGCAAUCAUUUCAGCGGCCGUGUUCGUCAUAUGGCUGGCACUGUAUGCCAUCAAGUGGGUAAAGUACCCACAGAAAGUCAGGAAGGAAUGGAUGUGCCCAAUGAGGUCAAACUUCUUUGCAGUGCCUCCAAUUGUGCUGCUGCUGCUUGCAUUCUUGUUGGAGUCAGAGAGCUCCGAUGGCGCAAAGGCCCUUUUCUGGAUUGGAGCACCACUUGGUUUGCUUGUCGCCACGAUGCUGGGUGGUAACUGGCUUGCGGAGCGCCACAGCGAUGAUCACAUAAAUCCUGGAUGGUUGAUUGGUCCUGUGGGACUCUUUAUCGCAGCUUUGGUGAUGCCUGGCAUCGACGAAGACUACCAAGAUGCUGCAUACCUGUGGUUUGGACCUGCAGUUCUGAUGUGGAUUGUCCUGUUCACCAUAACUUUCUACAGAGCAGUCGUGGGACACAACUCGGAUGACCGAUUGAGACCGAGUAUGUGGAUCUGGCUUGCUUGCCCGGCCAUUGCGAUGGUGACUUAUGUGCAGAUCACGGGAAACGGUGUGGACUGGGUUGCAGAGUCGCUGUUCUACAUGGCCCUGGGCCUGUUCGGAAUGCUGAGCUGGGGAUUUAUGCGGAACUUCUUCGCAAGGCACAAGUUCGUGAUGGGCUACUGGGCUUUUGGGUUUCCAUUGGAUGCCCUUGCCAUCGCAGCAAUCCAAUACGAUGCAGCCAUUGGCACAGAUUUCACCAAGGUCAUUGUCUACAUCACACUGUCUCUUGCUGCAACGGUCACAUUGGUGCUGACAUUGCACACCAGCGCUGGGAUUAUUCGACGGGGAGUAUUCAUACCCGACUACAAGUGGGGUCCAAUGAGUUUCAUGAAGAUCACACAUCACGCAUUCCGCGAAUUUAUCCCACGGCUUGUUGCUGCGGGCGCUGCCAUGGAGGCAGAAGAGGACCAGCAGCACACUGUUGAAGCAUUUGAAAAGCUGUGGAAUGAUUUCAGCCGCAUGCAUGCCAUUCAUUCACGGCACGAGGAAGAUGUUAUCUUCCCCGAGAUGGGGAGAUGGUUCCCACAUGUGGCAGAUCAUUGGGACCAGGACCAUGAGGAAGGGCACCGAGAGUUCCAUCGCCUGCAAAAACUUGUUGAUGAAUUGAAAUUGGCUGAUGAGGUUGCCAGCAGGGCUGCAAAGAUCGGAGAACUCAGAGACAGUGUGAAGGCUAUCACGGAUAGCUUUUUGGUGCACAUCCAAGGGGAAGAAGAUCACCUGCAGCCCGUGGCUAAAAGGUACUUCACCAUGUCCACGCACACAGGCAUUGUCAGGAAGGUUUGGAACGUAACGACGGGAGAAGAGCUGUACUUCUUCUUUGCGUGGGUGGUGAAUUGGCUGCCGCAUUUUGCGAUGAGAGUCCGCUUCAUCAAGACCUUCAUAUGGGCAAUGCCAGAGCACGCCCAGCUGAUUGGGACAAUGGUUGCUCUUGGCGUGGAUCCCGUGCAAUGGAAGCGGUUGACCGAUGAACUGCCCGAAAUCAUUCCCAGAGGCGCCCCUGGCUGGAAGCGCUACUUCUGA